AACUACCACUAUUUCACCACUUACUCUGUUGACUCCUCUCCCUCUGCUCUGCCACACACGUUAUAAAAUACUGGUUAAUGUUAUAAUUUAGCGCAGGUAGGUAGGUAGGUGGGUAGGUGGGUUUGUUUUCCACCCCCUCCGCCUCCUCCUCCUCCUCCUCCUCGUCGUCGUCCUCGUCCUCCUCCUCCUCGGUCCACGGCUACUUCCUGGUGCCACAGAGAGAGGCAGUGCUGAGUUAAAGAGGCAGAAAUGCUGAUAGAAAUUCAGAUAGAAAAAAAAUACAGAGAGAAGAGAGGGGUUGGAGCCACGAUUGGAACAGUUGACUGGAUUCCCAGAAAAUGAAAAAGCCUCUCUGUCUCUUCUUGUUUGUAUGUGUUUUUCGGGGGGGGAGUGUUCCUCUGUUUCGCCGAGUCGCCAUUCUUCGUCGGUGUGUAAACUACCAGGCGCUGUGGAUGACGGUUGGCUGCGGCUGAAGCGGAAUUGUAACGGGGAACGUAUUCCUCCCUCCGACGGAGAAGCCUCCGAGAGAUUUUCCCCGGUUUUUUUUAUUUUACAUUAGCCUCAUUCCUGUGUCAUUUCAACCCACAGUGUCGGCCCGGGUGUUAUUCUGUGCAUAUAUACACAUACCGUUUUACGAUUCCACAAGGAAGGGUUAGGGCGACGGAAGAUGGGUUGUUUGGGCAACAGCAAGACUGAAGAUCAACGCAUCGACGAAAAGGCACAGCGAGAGGCAAAUAAAAAGAUAGAAAGACAGUUGCAAAAGGAAAGACAAGCGUAUAAAGCCACACACAGGCUGUUAUUACUGGGUGCGGGAGAGUCCGGAAAAAGCACCAUUGUGAAGCAGAUGAGGAUUCUACACGUCAACGGCUUCAACGCGGAAGAAAAAAAACAGAAAAUCCAAGAUAUUCGGAAAAACGUGAAGGAUGCCAUAGUGACUAUAGUGUCUGCGAUGAGCACUUUAAUACCCCCUGUACCGUUAGCCAACCCAGAGGACCAAUUCAGAAUCGAAUACAUCAAAAGCAUAGCACCUCUCUCUGACUUUGACUAUUCACAGGAGUUCUUUGACCAUGCAAAGAAGCUGUGGGAUGACGAAGGAGUGAAGGCAUGCUUUGAGAGGUCCAAUGAGUACCAGCUCAUCGACUGCGCACAAUAUUUCCUGGACAGAAUUGACUCUGUAAGACAGAGCGACUACACACCAACAGACCAGGACCUGUUACGCUGCCGAGUGUUAACUUCAGGGAUUUUCGAAACAAGGUUCCAAGUAGACAAAGUGAACUUUCACAUGUUUGAUGUUGGGGGCCAGAGAGAUGAGAGGAGAAAAUGGAUCCAGUGCUUUAACGACGUCACUGCUAUCAUCUUCGUGGUGGCCAGCAGCAGCUACAACAUGGUAAUAAGGGAAGACAAUAACACCAACAGGCUACGGGAAGCCUUGGACCUCUUCCGCAGUAUUUGGAACAACAGAUGGUUACGCACUAUAUCGGUCAUAUUAUUCCUGAACAAGCAGGACAUGCUAGCUGAGAAAGUAUUAGCUGGAAAAUCCAAAAUUGAAGACUACUUCCCAGAAUAUGCUCGCUACACCAUACCAAAUGAAGCAACUCCUGAACCUGGUGAAGACCCACGAGUGACAAGAGCCAAGUUCUUCAUCCGAGAUGAGUUUCUUCGGAUCAGCACUGCGAGCGGCGACGGCAGACACUACUGCUACCCCCACUUCACCUGUGCCGUGGACACAGAGAACAUCCGGCGGGUGUUCAACGACUGCCGGGACAUCAUCCAGAGAAUGCACCUGCGGCAGUACGAACUCUUGUGAUGGGAGACCGUCUCCGUCAGCCGUCUUGUUUUCCUCCACCAUUGUGCAUCCUUGACAAACCCCACCUGCACCUGAACCUCCACCCUCCUCCUCCCCUAAGAAACCCUCAAUGAACCCUGACCACCCCUCCUGUCGAGGACUAUGAAGUACUACUGAAGUGUGUCAAAUACUCUUCCUCUUCUUAACUUCUUAGCUUUUUGUACUUCUUUUUUUCUCUCUCUCUCUCUCUCUGAGAACGAUUCAUCCCCAUUUCACCGAUGUAAAAGGAAGGAUGGGGAACAAAGUUGUUGCGUGCCGCUUCUUCUUCUUCUUUUUUUUUCUUUUUUCGUUCCUUUUUAAAUGCCUUGAUUUUUUUGUCAUUCCACUAAGCCUUGGGCUACCUCCUUCCCCCCGCCCCCCCUUUGUGUCCUUCUGUUUUUUGGCUUUGUCAUUGGACCUGGACUGGUGGGUGUGGCUACGUAAAACACACCUACAGGACCUCAGUGUAGAGGCAGUGUGUGUUAAUGUGUGUGUGUGUGCGUGUGUGAGAUGACGAGCAGGAGGAAUGCCAUGUGAGCAAGCGCGCACACGUGUGUGGGAAUGUUUGUGUGUCACCUGCUGGAUAAAGCCGGCAUCACCACCAUUAAAUUUUCCCCAUUUUUAAUUUUAAUUUUUUCUUUUCACGUCGCCCUCUCCGACCUCCUUCUUCUCUCCGCGCGGAAAGACGACUGGACGCUGAAGAUGAUGAGGGGAGGGUGCAGAGUGGAUGAAGAAAUAAAUGCACUUUGCAUCAGGUUCCUUAAUCAUUUUUCUUUUCUCUUCUUUGUUUUUUUUUUUUUUGUUGUUGUUGUUUUUUCUCCAGAGGAAGCAUACACACAAUGUAGCAUCACAAUAUUUAUUACCCUGUCACGACGUUAGCUUGCCGAGCUGCAGGGUGGACCGAGCAGCCAAGCCACGUGUGGAGCGAAAGAUUACACGAUGACAGGAAAUCCGACGAAGGCGACGGCGCGAUGAAGGAUUUUAAUGAAGGAAAAGGGGACUGAGCUCUCUGCACCUUAGCCCUGCUGCCUCCACGGACUCGGACCUGCCUCCUUUUUCCACACAAACCAUCCUUUUAUCUUAGAGAUACUGA